UGCCAGAGAAAGACGUUAUUGUUGUGACUUUCUCCUCCUUCUCCCACUCCCACCCACCAACCCUCUCUCAGAGAAUCUCUGCAGAACAGAACCAGAGAAAACACAUACGGCUUGGAGGCUGCUCAUUUGUAUCUAAACCGGACUGGAGUAAAGAAGAAGAGGAAGAAGAAGACAAAGAAGAGGAAGAAAGGGAGGAAGAGCCCUGGAAGUUAAAACACAGACAGGGAGGAGGAGGAGGAAGGUCAGGUGGCGACAGCAGGUAACUAUCUAGACCAUGAAGGGUGCUGCCAGAUUGAUUCUCCCACUCAUUCUUGUGCUGGUUUGUGAGGUGAAUGGACAGAGGCGCCCCAGGCCUCCAAAGAAGCGUCCUACUCCAGCAGCCUUUGAACCAGUCGAACCUACAGAGUUGCCACCGCCUCUGCCACCAGGACCCCCUUCAGUUUUCCCAGAUUGCCCUAGAGAAUGCUACUGCCCUCCAGAUUUUCCUUCAGCCCUUUACUGUGACAGCCGCAACCUGAGAAAAGUUCCCCUCAUCCCACCCAGGAUCCACUAUGUCUACCUACAGAACAACUUCAUUGAUAAGCUUUCUGAGGAAGCCUUCAAGAAUGCCACUGGGCUGAGGUGGAUCAAUCUAGACAACAACCGCAUUGGGACAGUGGAUUCACAAGUGCUGGAGAAGCUAGAGAGCCUGGCCUUUCUAUACAUGGAGAAGAAUCAUCUUAAGGAAGUGCCCAAUAAUCUGCCUCCCAAUCUGGAGCAGCUUCGUUUGAGCAGGAACCGGAUCAACCGAAUCCCUGAUAAUGUCUUCAAUAAGAUGGAUCAUCUCAUCCUCUUAGACCUCCAUCACAAUGAGCUGAAUGAUGCAGACUUCAAAAAGAAUACUUUCAGGGGACUCAAGAAUCUCAUGCAGUUGAACUUAGCUCACAACAGGCUGCAUAAGAUGCCACCUGGGGUUCCCAAAGCAGUUCACCAACUUUUCCUAGAUGAGAACCAAAUUGAUAACAUCCCUGGCAACUACUUUAAAGAUUUCUCCAACCUGGCCUUCCUCAGGCUUAGCUAUAACAAGCUCUCUGACAAAGGCCUACCCAAGAAUUCUUUCAACCUCACUAACUUGCUGGUCUUGCACCUGGCACACAACAACCUUACCAGCAUCCCCUAUAUCAACCACAAGCUGGAGCAUCUCUACUUGAAUGACAAUUCAAUUGAAAAAAUCAACGGGACUCAAAUAUGCCCCAUAUCACUGAUGUCUUUCCAAGAACCAUCUUCAGAUCUUGAAAAUGUGCCCCGUCUUCGUUAUCUGCGUCUAGAUGGCAACCAUUUGAAGCCACCAAUCCCCUUGGACCUGAUGAUGUGUUUCCGACUUUUGCAAUCUGUUGUAUUCUAAGCCUCAUAGCAGUUGCCACUCUUUGGAACCUUGGCUUUAUGCAGUGACUUGAUUCCAGUCUAUGUUAGACAUGGGGAAAUAUAGCUUGUCAUCUUUACCCUGACCUAAUGUCCCUAGUGCCUCCACUUUGCUACUUCAUUCUGCUUCCUCUUUUUCUGUCUGCAGGAAGCUAUGUUCUCAGUGUUACUUUUCUAUUAUGCAGCAUCUUAUGAAGAGUCUGUUCUGCUAGGAGUGGUGCACAGAUGCUUCUUUGAUAGCCAUAGAAUCCACAAAACAGCAAUACUGGUUAUCUUUUGCACCAGGGUGGGAAUUGCAUGUUAUUCCAGAUAUUGUUAAAUUGCUAUUUCAGUAGCCAUAACCAUUAUAGCCAAUGCAGAGAAUGCUAGGAACUUCAACAGCAUCUGCAGGACCAACCAAUUCCUACCCCUGUUCUAUACUGCCCCUUAAUUUUAUCAAAAAUAGAUAGAAGAGAACAUAUAUAGAUGUAUCUAGCAAGUAGAAUGUUUAUUACUGUCUUGCUGCCUAGAGCUUCAAAUAGUUAUUGGCCUCACAAUAAUAUCAGCCUUACCAAAAAAAGGUACAUCUGUCAUAGCUGUCAGAGAGAGGGAAGAUAAUCAAGUGCAUUUAAAUUGUUUCUUUGUUAAGUGCUAUUUGUCUAAACCUGAUGCUGAGUUAAGAAGAAAGAAGCAAUCAAAUGCCUAGCAGUCAUAAAUGCAAUCUCAAUAAGAAUUCUGUUCUGUAGCAGAUGGUAAUGGAUACACAAAUGGCUCAGCAGAUUGUAUACCUUAGAACCAUGUAAGGUGUAAUGUGGAUUCAAAGGAGAGCGAGGGGAAUUGAUCACCCUUCUGUAUCUGUCCUUUGAGGUGGCAUUGUGGUUUGAUGCACUUUAAUGGUACUGUUUCAAAAGAGAAUCAUUGCUGAUUCUAUCUCUAACAAUUUAACUCUGACUUCCUGUUAGUGAUAUGCACAAGCAUAUCUUAAAGUUAAGCCUUAAUAAUUAUUAAACUUUUUUUUACUAUUGUGGAGAAAGGCAUUCACUACCUUCUUCACACAAUGAUCACCAACUGUGCAUGAUUCACUUUCCUCAUGUUGACUCCUUUCCAUGGCUCCAUGGUGGUGAGCAGGGGAGGGGGGGUUGGAAAUGUUUCUGGCUAUAGACAGUUAUGGAAUGAUGACAGUAUCUUCUGAGACCUCUAACUGGUCCUCCAUAAUUCCUGAAGGGUGAUCUCACUAUUGUGUGCCAGGUUAUAGGCACAUACAUAGUUGGAUAUUUAUCUACACACCCUGCUCUCCACAAGUCACUUAAUGACCAAGGCUAGGGCCCCACCACUUGGGGACAGGGGUCAUAUUGUAAUUCUGUAUGAGUGGAAUUUUAUGAUAAUCUCCAUCUUGGCCUCCAGUUUAAUUCAAACUGCCACAGACCAAAAUAGCUGUUAAAAAUAAUUAUGUUGUCUUGAUGACUUCGAAACUAUGUCCACACCUGCUGUGAGGGUUUUUGUUUUUGUUUUGUUUUUGGUGCCCUGACAUGAACUUUCUGGUGAAAUUCAUUUCUCAGCAGUGGUCUUGGUGUUUACCAGUACUACAAUUCUUUUCAUGAAGGUUAAUGUGCUACCAAAAAUAGAGGGGGAGGGAUAAUAUCCUUAACAUAUUGUCCCUAGUGAUGUUUGUCCAGACAUCACAAAGGAACCUCCUACCCAUUCUUUAGGACAUGCCUUUCUCCCUGAUAAAGCAACUUAAGUGAAGUGCUGUUUGCUUCCUCCUUGAUAAAGUUACUCAACAUAGAAGAGUGAAAGAGUGUCAAAAUAGUAUCUGAGGAUAGCUGCUGAAAUGUGAGAGUGAGUUAAUAAGCAGAUGCCGAGAGUCUCCAUGUGGCUUCAGAGUGCAAACUUUUCCAUGAUGGGGCAGCAUGAAUUUGAAUCAAUACAAUACAAUACAUUAUUUUGUUUCUUCCUGUGCUGGUCUUUGCAUACUUUGUACUUCAAAUACACAAUAGGCAGCAUAGGAGUAAGGAUGUUUAAUUAGAUGCAAAAUCAUCAACCAAACUGAAUAAAUGCUGAGGGUGGGAUCUCCUGAUUUCUCCAGCUUUAAGACACACUGUUAAAUACUGUAACUUUUUUCCCAGCCCUUGGGGGAAUAAAUAAGGUUUAAAUUAGGUUAACCAACUUAAGUUUCAUUGGUUUCAGUGGAUCUACCCUGGCUAAAUAUGUUUGUAAACCGCCGUGAUCGUGGGAACGGCGGUAUAGAAAUAAAAUUUCAAUCAAUCAAUCAAUCAAUAUCUGUACUACACCAUUACAUUAGUUUCCUAUCACUUUCAUUUUUAUGAUUCCAUUCUAAAGAAUCCUAUGAUUUGUACAUUGUUGAAGUAAUUAAAAUUUUUGUUCCCCUGAAUUACCUAAGCUACCAUGAGUUCCUACGUACAGUACAGUAAUGAAUUAAAUUGAUUUAAUCCUCAAUCCAUCUCUCUUGGAUCCAUUUUGAUACCUUCUAAGCAUGUCCCUCUGCAAUUCACUAAAGAAAGAGCCAGAGAAAAUGUAACAUCUUCCUUCCCUUCCACCUUAGUAGCAGCCUAAAGGAACUUUGCAGCUGUCUGGGGAUGUGUGUGUGUAUGGUUUUGGACAGGGGUCAAUGCUGGAGAAUAACUUCUUCCUCCCUGUUCAUAACAAGACAUAUGCACACCUAAAGAGCAUGCAUAUCACACCACACUGUUUUAGCACUAUAUUCCUCUCUAGCUUUCAUGGCAACAUCCGAUAGAAUCCUGGGAUUUGCAGUUUAGGGAGAGGCACUUAGAAUUCUCCGUCAGAGAGCUCUUGGGCCUCACUAAAUUACGAACUCCAGAAUUCCACGGAUUGUUAUCAUGGCAGCAAAAAUGGGAUAUAGCAAUAUAACAGUGUAAUGUGAUAAGGAUAUAUGUCAUUCUGGCAUAUAUGCUAAUGCUAAACAAGUCUAGUUUCAUCCUUAUUCAACAUCUCAUUGAACAUGAGAGAUAAAUUAUCAUUAUUCCUAUUUUAUGGUAGAAGAAUUGAGACAAAGAAAUAAGGGCAUACUCAAAGGAAGAGAAUAAGAAUUUGAAUUUAAGCUGCUCAGGUCCAGCAUCGUACUCAGCAGACUCAACUGAUAAAUUGAAAGUUAAAUGCUGCCCUCUUUACACUCAUGCAGUCCAGGACAGCUGACGUACAGUCUUCUGCAUUCAUCAACCAAAUUUUGAUCUAUUCAAGAGAUUUUUCAAACUUUUCUGAGAUAGAAAUGUUAUAUAAGGAUUAAGAACACCCUUUAACAGUGUCAUCAUUAGUGAAGUUGACUCGAGGGUGCAUAACAACAAAGUCAUCUAUCUAACCUUUUAAGAACAAUGUUCAUAAAGAAAGCAUUACAUUAAAAUCAUCCGCAUGAUCAUCAUGAUCAUCACUGAGGAUGUAGAGAUCCAUUCAGUGAAUGUUAUGGUCCCCAGGUACCUUUUUCACAUGCAUACUUACUUUAAAAAGUUCAUUAGUUUGCUACAUCAGAUGGGGACUCCAGUAAGCUAGCAAGGUCAAAGCCUUUCCUAUUCUCCUGAUCUGUAUAAAUCACCUUCAACAUAUGGCCUAGUCCCCUUCUCCUGUAGUCUAAUAAUUUCACCCAUAUUCAGCCAAAUUUGCUCAAGUCAUUUCCAUGAUUCAAGCUUCAUGAUAUGCUCUGCCCGGGGUCCUUGCUGUAUGUUCUUGCUCUUUAAAACCAGAUCAGUUGUUUGGUUUUGUUUUUUAAAUCAUUUUGCAGCUGAGUAAAACUAAGUUUAUGCUGGAUUUCUUGAAAGAAACUAGGGUUUGGAUCUAUAUAAUUUUUUUAUAUUUGUGAUAUAUUCUUCAUAUUCUUUUUCACAUUUCAACCCAUGCUUUCCAAAACUUUAAUGAACCUCCACUGACUCAGAUAAGCUGAGGAUUCUACUCACUGGCCUUUCAAAAUUGAUUCGUGUAUAUUGUUUUUUGUUUUGUUUUCCAUUCCUCUAAACUGUGGAGCAACAGUAGGCCUUUAGUUUCUUUUGGAUGGUGGAGAACUAUGAGGUUCUUAUGACAUUUGAAUUACAAAUAUACAUGAGAUCCCCUAAUACAGGCAGAAAAAUUAUUUAACCAUGCAUUUGACUCCCAAGGAGCAAGUCCUUGCACCUUGAAGAGUUUCACUUCAACCAGUUCAUAGCUUCAACAGAGUUUAUCAAAUGGGAGGAAUUUCUCUUAAAUUUGAAUGAAGAGAAAGUGGGGCCAGAACACAUUCACUUGAAGUCGCUAGUUUAGUGCAAUUACGUGAAUGAGCAUUGCG